UGUAUUAUAUAUUAUAUUGUUUGUACUAUUGCUUUCUAUUUUAUAUAUUUCUAUUUUUAAUGCCUAACAUUUCAUCUUUUAGGAGCUCCAGCUGUCACAGUUCUUUUAAAAUUUAAAAACUUUCAAAUUAACCCUAAGAAUGAUCACCGAUGAAGAACUUACACGGAGAAUGGAGACUAUCUCUGAGAGCUUCUCGUCCACUGUUUUGUAUUCCUCGACGCAGGAUAAGAUCCAGAAUAAGACUUUGAAUGAGAUAACGAUUAUCGUUAGAAAUGCAACAAAAAAGCAGUUGCAGUCUCGUCAUCCUCGCAUGCUCAUCACGUGUCUACUGAGAAUCCUAUUAUAUUACGAGAAUGUAUUUCACAUGAAUGGAUUUUGCGAUUUAUGGAAGCGUCGACGUAAGUUUAGAGUCGCCCGAGAUUGCUAUCAUGCUUUACUGAAAAGCUACUUGCCCGAAAGAUCACGGGAUGUCGUGGAGACCAUCAUGGAAGCCAUCUAUCACGAGCAACUCUGGAAAUUCGAGACUUUUUGUUUUCAAGUAAUAUACAGUCUGCUGGAUAUCAACUCUGUUAUUGCCGGACUGAUCAUCCAUUCAAUUUGGAAUAAAUUGACACUAACAGAAAUUGACAUCGAGGAUGCUCGUGGUAUUAUCAGGAUAUUAUAUGAGCUUUUGGACGUGUAUGUGUGGCCGGCAACGCAGGAUACAGUAGCAAUAAUAGAAAGGAUGCUCACGCUCUUUCACGCUAGCAUAAUCGCACGUUUGAACUCCCUUUCCUCUUCCUCUUCUUUACCACCUUCAUCACCAUCAUCGCCAUCGAUGCUUGCGAAUCUCAAAAAGGGUUUAGAAGUUUGCCUAAGAAAUAUUAUAAAACAUAUCUCGAACGAUCAGAUGCUAGUGGUUGUACAGCACUUGUGCUCAUGGACAGUGGCCGCAGGCACGACCGACGAAUUUGUUCUGGAGUUCGCCAGCUUGCUGGAAUUUAGUGCUUAUAUGCACCAGACGGAUCUUUAUGAGCAGACGCUCACACCGACAAUCUUUCCAUUGCUGAUGCGAAUGGUGGGCUCGUCCAGUCGGCUCAUCAGUCUACUAGGCAACCGAGUGCUGCAGUGGUUAAUGGACCGCCAAGACAACCGAGCGAUCUUCGAUACACCCAAGAUCUUCUUCGAACACACGCAUCUUGGUCUGCGCGUCGCGAAGUGUCGCAAAGAAGAUCAAUUGUUCUUUAAGUUGCACCGCGAAUUGCUACACGAUAGCCUGCUAAAGAGUCUAAUAAGCCACUCGGACUCACAGAUGAAUCUCGAGACGACAUAUUGCACGAUAUGUCUGAUUGCUGUUGAGGUACCCUGUGGCUUUACAGCUGCUGCUCUAGUCUGCCUCGCGAUGAAUAUACAGGAGAUCAUCCUGCAACAACAAAACAAUCGCAUGAAAGUAUAUUAUCAUAUACAUGCUAUGAUCAUCUCGAUUAUGUCCCUCAUCUGCUGGAUACACAAGGCUAAAGUCUUCUAUAGCUACGUGAAUAGAAUUGUGAUGGAAAGAGCGCAAUGGGCUCCACAUCUGAAUCCUCCCAUGAAAUCCCAAUACAACUUUGCGCUGCACCACGUUGUUUGGAACAAGCCGGAGCUAUUCUUCGUCGACUGGGAGGUGCGCUAUGGUCUCUGGAAAUGCUUCCAUCUCACCGAUAUCCAGAGCAACAUCCCGUUAAUCGUCUGACACAUUAAAUAAUAUGAUUUCUGGAAUAAAUCAGGAAUUCACAGAUCAUUCUAUUGCAUUUUGAAUUAAAGAAGAUUCAAAGAAAUAAAAAUCUAACGAAAUCAAGAGGCCAUGAGGGGUAUUUUUCUGUAUUUAACGAUUGAAGGAGGAAUGAAGAAUUAUAAUUCCAUAUAAAGAGGAAUUAUUAAUAGAAUUAAACGAUUAUUGUGUAAGAACUAUUCUCUUAUUAUUUUAUGUACGCUUAUUUUAUGAAACGCUUAUAGAAAAUUACAUUGAU